AUGAAUCAACAAAAACAACUUUUUAUCAAAGGUUUACCAACAGAUACAACCAAUGAAGAGGUUGAAAACUUUUUCAGUGAUAUCGGCCCAAUUAAAAGAUGUUUUAUUGUUACCAAAAAGAACGAGAAGGGCGAACAAAUAUGUAGUGGAAUAGGUUAUGUUUACUAUGCACUUUCAGAACAUGCAGAGAUAGCAAUUAAAGAAAAAAAUAAUAAGCAGUUUAAGAAUAAAGUUAUUCAAGUUUCAGUUGCAAAAGAAAGAUUAAAAAAAGAACAACCACAAAAAGAUCAACAACAAGAAGAAGAAAAUAAAGAAAAAAAUAAUAAAAAACAAUUUAAUAUUAAAAAUGAAUUAGCUAUUGUUGUAAAUAAUUUUGUUACCGAUAAAAACACUGUUCAAAAUUUCCUCAGUUUAAAGAAGGGUCUUAUUAAAAAUAUUUAUUCAAUUCCAUUUUCAAAUAAUGCUGUUAGAAUUGUCGUAAAUACUCAACACGAUUUAAAAACUCUUGAAAAUAAAUUAUCAAAACAAAAAGAAUAUAAUGGUAAAAAAGUUUCAUUCUCAAUUGAAAAUGAUGAUUUCAAAUCAAAUGAAAUUAUUAUUAGAAAUUUAAGUUUUAAUACCACCAUCCAAAAUUUAAUUGAUAAAUUUUCAAGUUAUGGUGAAUUAGUUUUAGUUAAAGUACCAACCAAACCAAAUUCAAAUACUACCAAAGGUUUUGCAUUUUUAACCUUUUCAUCAAAAGAAGUCAGUGCUAAAGUUGUUGCUGAAUGUAAUGGUCAAAAAAUUAAUAAUAGACAAAUCGCAAUCGAUUGGACAUUAAAACAAAAUGAUUAUGAAGUUCAAAAGGAUAAUAAACAAGAUGUUAAAAUUGAAGAUAGUGAAGAUGAGGAGGAAAAAGUAGAAGACCAAAAGGAAACUAAGGAAGAUAGCGAGGAUGAUAAAGAUAGUGAGGAUGAUGAAGAUAGUGAGGAUGAUGAAGGUGAUGAAGAUGGUGAAGAUGGUGAAGAUGAUGAAGAUGAUGAAGAUGACGAAGAAAUGGACGAAGAUGAUGAAGAAAUGGAUGAAGAUGAUGAAAAAGCAGAGAAAGAAGAAGAUAAUGAUGUUAAAAAGAAAAUGGAAAUUGAUCACGCAAGAAAUAAAAAAGAAGUUGACGAAUUAAAAACUUUAUUUAUUAGAAAUUUAGCAUUCGAUACAAAAGAAGAGGAUUUAGGUGCUAAAUUUGAACAAUUUGGUAAAUUAGAAUUUUGUAGAUUAGUUAAAGAUAGAGAUAGUGGUAAAGCAACAGGUAAAGCAUUUGUUAAAUAUCAUGACAAGGAUUCAGCUAAAAGAGCUAUGGAAGCAUGUUCAAGUGUACCACUUUAUGAUCCAUCAUUAGAAGAUAAAAUUCAAAAAAAUAAUAAAAAAGAUAAAAAAGAUAAGAAAAAGAAUACACUUUCAGUAGCAUCAUUACUUCAAGGUGGUUUAUUAAUGGAUGGUAGAUAUUUAAUUGUUGAUUAUGCCGUUGACCAUAAACAAGCUCAUGCAUUCAAAGAAAAGAAAGUUGAAAACGUUGAUAGAAAGAAUAGACACUUGUUACUUAUUGGUAAAAUUCUUCAAGGUUCAGCUGAAGGUAAAGAAUUAAAUGAAAAAGAUUGGGAAUUAAGAUCAUCUGCCGAUAAAGAAAAUCAAACUAAAUUAAAAGUAAAUCCAAAUUAUUACGUUUCGCCAACCCGUUUAUGUAUAAGAAACCUUCCACUUCACGUCACCGAUGCCAUCCUUAAAAACUCAUGUUCUAAAAUAUUAAAACAAGCUGGUCUCAAAGAAAGAGUUGCAUUUGCCAAAGUUGCAGUUGAUAGCGAAAGAAUUACAUCCCAAGGUAUUCCAAAAUCAAAAGGUUAUGCAUUCAUCGAGCUUCCAAACCAUCAAGCCGCUCUUGAAAUUCUUCACAAAGCAAACAACAACAACAAAAUAUUUUUCCAUCCAAACAAUCCAAAAUCAAAAGAUCAACGUUUAUUCGUCCAAUUUGCUGUAGAAGAUGCUCGUGCUGUUAAAAAACAAAAGCAAUACCAAGAAAGACUAAGUAAAAAGAGAGAAGAUCAAAAGAUUGAAAGAUCAAUAUUAAAGAAACAAGCCAAAGAAAACGGUGAAGAUUUAGAUCAAGACAAGAAAUUAAGUAGAGGUCAAAGACAAAGAGAAAAGAAGAGACAACAAAGACAAAAAUUAGAAUCUGAAGGUGUCGAUGUCGAGCAAUUACAAAAACAAAAAGAAUUACUUAAACAAAAGAAACAAUUAAUGAAAGAGCUUAAAGAAAAAUCAAGUGGCGAGAAAAAAUUAACCCAACAACAAAAAGAAAAAUUAAUUAAAGAUUCAAAACAACAAUCAAGCAACAAUAAUAACAAUAAUAAAAAGAGAAAGAAUACCGAUAAUUUUGAUGAAUUAGCCAAUAGUUAUUUAAAUAAUAAUACCAAUACAAAGAAAAAGAAAUGGAUUUAA